CUCCCGGCGGCGCUCCGAACCGUGACAGGCUCUGCCGGUUUGGGCCUCGCCUGAGGGGGCUGGCUGGCUGGAAGCGGGCCGCGGUGGGGUCAGGAUGGAGGCGGCUGGGGCGCGGAGCAGGGACUCGCGGGGUCGAGCGGAGAAGAGCCCGCCCGAGAGCAGGAAAGUGUAUAUGGACUAUAAUGCAACCACCCCCCUGGAGCCAGAAGUGAUUGAGGCCAUGACAGAGGCCAUGCGGGAAGCCUGGGGAAAUCCCAGUAGCUCUUACCCAGCAGGAAGGAAGGCCAAGGAGAUUAUCAACACAGCCCGGGAGAACCUCGCCAAGAUGAUAGGUGGGCAGCCUCAGGACGUGAUCUUCACUUCGGGGGGCACCGAGUCAAAUAAUUUAGUAAUCCAGUCCAUGGUGAAGCACUUCCACAAAGUCCACGCCGCCAACGGGGACACGGGCGGGCGUCCCAGCCCAGUGGACGGGGCCCUGCCCCACAUCAUCACCUGCACCGUGGAGCACGACUCCAUCCGCCUGCCGCUGGAGCACCUGGGGGAGGAGCACGUGGCCGAGGUCACCUUUGUCCCCGUGUCCAAGGUGAACGGGCAGGUGGAGGCUGAGGACAUCCUGGCGGCCGUUCGCCCGGCCACGUGCUUGGUGACAAUCAUGCUGGCCAACAACGAGACAGGUGUCAUCAUGCCCGUGCCUGAGAUCAGCCGGCGAGUCCGAGCCCUGAACCAGCAGCGGGCAGCGGGGGGGCUGCCGGGGGUGCUUGUGCACACGGACGCCGCCCAGGCCUUGGGGAAGCGGCGCGUGGACGUGCGGGACCUGGGCGUGGACUUCCUGACCAUCGUGGGGCACAAGUUCUACGGCCCCAGGAUCGGUGCGCUCUACGUCCGAGGGCUCGGUGAGCACACCCCUCUGUACCCAAUGCUGUUUGGAGGCGGACAAGAGCGGAACUUCAGGCCAGGGACAGAGAACACCCCGAUGAUUGCUGGCCUUGGGAAGGUUUGCUCUUCCCUGGAUCCAGUUGCCCCCCCAACCCCACCCCCACCCCCCCAAGCCUGGCUGCCCACCCCCGAAGACGGGGACACAGUGCAGCCUCUUAAGGAGGCUCCUUCAGAGGACCAGACAGCGGCCCAGCAGCAGCCAUGGCCCCUCUGACCCUGCUGUCACUCGGGGCGGGGGGCCCACCAUCAUCGCCCCUCACUCAGCCUGGACCCCCUCGGUGCACUCCGGCCAGGACUCCCGCCCCCCACACACUGCUCACCUUCCCCGGGAGGUGUGUAUGUCCUCACCCACCGAGGCCAAGUCCAGGUUUCCCGGCUGCUCUCCGCCCCUUCCCCGUGUGGCUGAAGGCAGGCCCCUCCUGCUGUCGCCCCCUUCCCACCCCCCCACAUCCUCUCAUUCCUCUUCCGGUGUCCUCUGCCCCCAGUGGAGUGACCUGCACGCACCCUCCCGCCCCUCCUCCUGAGGUCUGCUGCUUGCUCUGCUCCCCUGAAGCCUCAGAGAAGGUCCCCAUUUGCCUUGUGACUUCCAGAGAACGUGGGGCAAGUUCUCCACCCCCGCCCCAGCCGGGCUCAUUCUCUGCUUCCUCUCCAGCCAGCCUCCUCUCCCAGCGAGGUGCUCACCCCCCGGGGGCUCUAACGUCAGCCUGGGCUCCGGUCUUCCACCUGCCAUCGCAGGGCAGACCCUGACCUCUGGGGAGACCCACGUCCCCACCUGCUUCCUCAGCCCACGGCGUGUCCUGGUCUCUCUCCCUGGGGUGCCCCUUGUCACCUGGGCUCUUGCUGAGAAACCCAGGAGGGGCCCUUGGUCCUCCCUGUCCUCGCCCCCUGCACCUGACGCAGCAGCCGGCCCCGUCCGUCCAGCCUCCGCCACGGAUGAAGGCCUGCCCCUUGUCCACCUCCACCAAGCCUAGGCCAGGUCACCCCCACCUUUUGUGUGGACGCCUCAUGCAUGCUCCACAUGGCACCCAGCUGUGAACACACAGAUCGGGCGGCUCAGACCCAGCUUCAGCAUCCAGGUUUCGGCUCAGAGCCCGCUGUCGCGAGGCCUCCAGGCACCGUGCUCUCGCUCACGCCAUUCCAGGAGCACUCGCCCUUCCCUCCUCAGGGCUCCACCCAGACGCCCUUUCCCAGGCUCCACGCUCUCUUCAAAGCACCCACCCGAGGUCAGACACAGCCGCCUCUUCCUCCGUCCUGUCCAUCUGUCUCUAGAGUGGGCCGGGAGAGCCUCCGGUCACUGACUGGGGACUCCACAGUGCCCGGGGCAUCAGGAAGCCUGACAGCUGUCAGAUGCCAGCCAACAAGCGAAAGGCGGGCAGUCGGCACGCGGCUUGUGUCCGUGAAGUCCCGGGGAAGCAGCAGUUGGAGGCGACGUCGCCUCUGCCCUCAGGAAGCAGCCCCUCCGCUGCUGUCUGCGCCCCCCACCCCAUCUUACCAUAACUGGGGUGCUUCGUCACCCCACGC